AUGCAACAGCUGCAGGCAUGUAGUCAAAUCAUAAUGACAAGUUGCAAAUCAUUGUUCAAUGGCAUCAUCACUGAAAUAUUUACUUGUCUUGAACCACUAUAGGUCCUGCCACUGAAGCCACCAACAAGGAAAAGCUACAACGGAUACACACUCAGUGGAAAGUAAUGGAUGAGGAUGCAAAGAAGAGGUAUCAAGAGCAGGCAGACCAGGUCAAAGCAGUCAAAAUAGAGGACCUAACAGAAGAGGAAAAGCUGGCACACAGCAAUCAUCUGGUGAAGCGACUACACAGCCUGUCAGAAGACUUCAAGAACUGCGGCCUGGAGAUGGCUGUGAUGUUGUACUGCCCAACUCCCUCUCCAGGAGGAGUGCAGUUUGCUGGUACCCCAAGAGGCAGACAGUACCUCACAGACAGGGCAGGCAAAAUGCACUUCGAGUUCCUUACAGCCAUGAAUGAUGGAAAUACUGCUACUGCCAGCAGUAAGAAACAUCUAAGUGAUCUACAAGCAGAGGUCAGAGUAACACUGAAUGAGAAAUAUGGUAUGUUUGCUAACCAAAUGCAUGUUAUACAUGUAUAGGGCUCUGUUUAUGUGUCCUUUACAUGAUAGCCUGCCAUUUAUACUUGUAGCAUAUCUUAAUUUCCUCACGAAAUAGUCAAUGGUUUCCAACUAUAUCUUUCAGUGGAUUUCAACUAGUAGUGCACUUAUGGUCUUACACCAUAUUUUUUAUGUUCUAUGG